CAAAAUAUAUAUAAACAUCCCAGCCAUCUGAGCACUUUGGCUUAUGAAUUGUGGAAUCCAAGAAACUAUUGUUUUGGCAGUUCAUUUUCCCAUUCCUACAAAACACAUUUUGGCCAAAUUAUAUGUUCAUUUCACAUAGAGGCAAUGCCGCUAGACAAGCUCCGUCCAAUGCCGGUGGAUAAGAUCCUAAGCUUCCGGAGGAAUCCCGAUCUGCUGCAGCAACAGCGACAGCAAACCGAUGAAAUGGAGGACAUACCGAAGUUUCUGCCAACCCGACUCCUCAUGGACGACGAUGCCAGUCGCAGGAAGGAGGAUAACGAUGACAUGGAGGAUGCAGUUAGGCUGCCUCCCCCACGGAGAUCUCCAGUCUCGAUGCGGAAUCUCCAGCGGGAGCUGUAUUCGCCACGUCAAUGUAUGAAUGCCCUUAAAGUCAUGGUGGGUGUGCUAACCAUUUGCCUGCUGUUCACCACCAUUCCACUAUAUCGCCGUCAAACUAAGCAAGAGAAGGAUAAUCUUAAGAUGAUCCUCUUGUGGAAUGAGCCAAGCCACGUGGAUACACCUGCGCACUUGGAGUGUGGCUGCCUGGUCACCAGCAGUAGGAGUUACAAUGACAGAGCAUUUGAUGCAGUGGUCAUCAGUGCUGACCAUCCCUACUCCUUGGAUGGUUUAACUGGAAUCAAGCGCACUCCCAAGUUCUAUGUAGUUUAUGCCGCCAAGAAGCCGAUGAGUUCGCCGCAGAAUCCAUUGACUGGCCUCACGUUGCCCCCCUUUAAUUUGACCAUGACCUAUCGCCUGGAUUCACAGCUAAUCUGGACGGAUUACUACUUCUCCCACACGAAUCUGGCCAGGAGGCUCAAGUGGUUCCGGGCGCCCAGCAAGAGUUUCGCAGAUGACAUGCCAGCCUCUACGAAUCUCCGUCUGGAUAGCGAACUUAGGAAAAAGUCACGACUUGCUGUGUACUUGGUUUACGAGGUGAAUGAGGAAACCCUUCCCGAAAGCCUCUAUUUGGAGGAGCUGCGCAAGUACGCCGACCUCGACGCCCAUGACAGCUGUCUGGGCACCGAUGACUGCGGUCUCUACCACUUCAUGCUGAUCUUCGAGCCGACCGCCUGUCCGGACUACGUGCCACCGCAAAUGUCCACGGCCAUGGACAAACUCUUGGUGCCCGUUCUGAUCGGAGGCGGAAAUCUUACAAAUCUGGUGCCAAGCCACUCGUACAUCAGCAGCCAGGACUUCGCCACGCCCAAGGACUUGAUCUCUCACCUCAAGCACUUGGCAAAUAGUCCGGAGGAGUACAGGCGCUACUUCUGGUGGCACUCCAUCUACAAGCUGCGCCACGCAUCGCAACCCUACUGCGCCCUCUGCUCCCUCGUGCAAAAGGCUCCAGGGGCACCCGAGAUCCGUCAGAGAUCCUACAGCACGGGGGGGUUCAUCAACUGGUGGACCGAAUACCAGUGCCCCAAUCGAUCCACCACCUUCCUCUGAGUCCCUGUGUGCUACCCAAUUAUAAUUACCAACGAUCGCAAAUUGCCCUCGUUCGGUGUGGUUCCGUUCA